AUGCAAAUCUCCGCACGUGCGUUUCCUACUGAUUUCAUCUUCUUCCCGCUUCAGAUAAUACGAUACCGAUACUAUUCUCUUCUCUUUACGUUUCAGUCUAAUUUAACUUGGCUAAUGCCCAUGGCCAUGGACUCGAUUCUGAACUCGUCCUUGGAAGAAAUCUGUUCGGAAGGCCGAAACGGUCCCCCUCUCAAAUCCCUCUGUUCCAGGCUCCAGCCCUCUCUUUCCUCCUUCAAUCUCGACGUCUCUGAUCGGGGCCUCAAGCAAGCCUUAUGGGCGGGGCUUCGCUCUGUCCCCACCCUCAAAUUCCAGAGCCAGAAUCAGAAGGUCCAGUACAGCCCAACCGACCCUUUGAUCCAGUCCGUCCAAGACGCCGAGAAGCUCAACCUGAAGCUGGUAGCCGACCAGCGGCUCAUGAACAACUUCUUGGGCCUCUACAUUGCCCACUCUUCCAUUGACAACAUGUGCCAGUAUCAACGCCAAACACUCGAAAGAGUUGCCGGUGCUAGGUACCAGCUUUUCCAAAGCCACAGUGGAGAAGAUAGCAAGCACAAAGGUGAAGAGGCAAAGAAUCUUGAACUUCUCUCUCUUGGGGGCAAAUAUGAUGAAGAUCAACACAUAUAUUGCUUCAAUGGCUGCACCAGUACCAUUGAUGGUUGA